CUAUCACCAUUGUAUUUUCGUCUCGGUCAUGUCUGCAUCAGCUCGGUUAUGCUAAGCUGCGCUGCUUUUCGAAUCAAAAUCCACGUGUCUGGGUGUUAUUUUUUUUUUUUAUCAUUUAGGCACAUUUAUGCAGCUGUACCGUCCAUAUUACAAAGACGAAGAUGACAUCUAAACUGAAAGCUGGGAAGGUCGGCUCAAAGAACAAGGAGGAUGCUCCUUAUGAGCUGGAGAGUCAGUUUAUCCUGAGGCUUCCUACGGAGUAUGCCUCGACAGUAAGAAGGAUUGCCCAGUCAAGCAGUAUGAACAUGAAAGACAGACUCACCAUAGAGUUGCACCCUGAUGGUCGUCAUGGCAUAGUGAGAGUAGACCGCGUCCCUUUGGCCUGCAAACUGGUGGAUCUGCCCUGUAUGAUCGAGUCCCUAAAAACGGUGGACAAGAAGACAUUUUACAAGACUGCUGAUGUCUGCCAGAUGCUGGUAUGUACACUAGAUGGAGACCUUUACCCUCCUUUAGAGGAACCAACUGGAACAGACCCUAAGAGCAAGAAGAAGGACAAAGACAAGGACAAGAAAUUUGUCUGGAACCAUGGCAUCACCUGCCCUCUGAAGAACACACGCAAGAGGAGAUUUCGGAAAACGGCGAAAAAGAAGUACAUUGAAUCCCCUGAUGUGGAAAAAGAAGUGAAGAGACUGCUGAGCACCGACGCCGAGGCUGUCAGUGUCCGAACCUCCUGCUGUUUUCCCGCAGUAAUGGAGUAUCAGGUGCAGAUCAACGGCAUCAAGGCCAAGCUCCAGGAAACCCGCGCACGGAAGAAACAGCAGGAGGAGCUCAUCAUGAAAGUGGAAAACCAGGCUCUCAAAAACCGCUUCCAAGCUUUGUUGGAUGAGAUUAUUCAGCAGGAGGAGCGUGAGAUGGAGCAGCUGGCCUCCCUGCAGGAGCAGCUGGACUCACUGAUCGAGAAGUGACCACCAGGGGGCAGCCUCAUGUCAUCUUCAGCCACACAUACACACACGUGAGGAAGAGGAGGAGAAGCCUUCAUCCAGGAAGGAGGGAGUCUUUAUUAGCUGACUUGCUGUGUCAUUCCUUUCAGUUUGUCUUGCCAUACAUUAUUCACACAGCAUACUGAUUUAUGUAUUAAAAGACAGUUUUUAUUAGGUUGACAGAAUUUGUUUGUUACUGUAUGAUUUAAAUAUUUGGUUUCAACUGUGAAUAUUUUUACUUGUCAUCGUGAAGCUAAAUGUUCUCUCAGACGAAACACCUUCUUUGUAUUUCAUUUCAUUCUUUUCAUGAAGAAUAAAUUACAGUGAUACGAGUAUCAAA